CCCGGGGAGGGCUCCUCCACCUCCCAGCACCACGCAUGCCUGAACCCUAAUUGCAGGAAACACUGCGAAAGGAUGGAAAAAAUAAUAAAACGCCUGCAAAGGCGUAAUGCUGCCCUUAGGCGCAAGUUGUAAACGUAUGGGGAGCCCGAGCUGUCCACCUCAUCAGAUGAGGUGGAGGAAGUGGAGCCCGCUCGGCCCCCCCAGCAGCAGCAGCAGCAGCCCCCCCAGCAGCAGCAGCCGUCCUCAUCUUCCUCGGAGGAAGAUGAGCAGCCGCAGCAGCAGCCCCCCCAGCAGCAGCAGCCCCCAGAGCCCGCAACGCCCCAGCAGCCGGAGCGAACCGGACCUUCGUCGGCAAGAAGAAGGUUGCCUUUUACUCCCAGGCCGCCGCAGCCGUCUUCCUCCUCCUCCUCAUCAUCUUCCUCGGAGGAGGAAGAUAAGCCUGCACCGCCCCGGCAGCAGCAGUCCAGGCCGCGCGGGACUGAAAAGAGGAAGCUGCCGUUGUCACCAGACGCCCCCGCUGAGUCCCCCUGGAAAAAACUGGGGAAAAGCAAACACCUUUCCCCAGAAGAGGAAUCGGAGGAGGAUGAUAAAAAGCCCAAGCUCGGCAAGGUGGCCCAAAAGGUACACAGGGCCAUGGCCCCCUACUUCACCGGCAAGAGUAGGGGGUCAAAGCUCAGGAACAUUGUGCUGGGCACCUCCAUGGGUAAGAAAGAACACAGUGUAUUUGUGCAGGUGUGUGGUGGAGUGUGUUCACGCUACAUUUAUCUUAUCCAUCCUUACAGAUGCCUACGUCGAGGAGUAUGGGCAGUUCAUUUUCUGCCCCGAAGGCACCACAAAAAUGCAGGAGAACGCAGUGUCUAAGAUCAGCCGGGCCAAGGUAUUUCUCAAAUACCUCACGCUCGGCUGGUCUCAGGUCACAUACUGGACGUGGGAGUUUUUAUUUAACAUCCCCCUCCUCAAGUGCUACCCUGCAGUCCUCCGGAAGACUGGCCUGGCCCCCACCACCAUCAUCCUAUAUGUGGGCCAGGCCAUCUCCUUUGUGGAGUAUUUUAGGGCCACGCCGCCAAAGCACUCCCGGAUCACCGGUGGGCAGUUGGUGGUGGUGAUCCGGGAGCUGCGGAAGCUUUUGAAAGACCUGAACCGCACGGUCCUUGGCCACCAGGCCCUGAUCAAGCAGGCCAAGGGCAAGAGGCUGGUGGCACGGGAGGACCUGGCCAGGUGUCAGGCGUUGGCCCGGGCCAAAAUCCCCUCUCUGCUCGAGGACAUCGAGAAGGCGGCCCCAAGGGACCCCAAGACGCGAUACCGCUUUUUCGGGUACUUCGCCGCAUACCUCACUUCCAUCUAUGGCCACCGGACGGGCGUGCUGACCCGGAUGCGCGUCCGGGAGGUCCGGGAGGCCAUAGGGGAUGACACGACUGGUUACCUCAUCAACGUAAUGGAGCACAAGACGGUGCGAAAGUUCGGCACCGCCCAGAUUUUCCUCGAGGCCGAGGAGUAUGGGUGGUGCCGGACCUGGAUACGCCUCCGCGCCGGGGGUAGGCCAAGGACAUGGCCCGCUACUUCCGGGGGGCAUGGGCGGAGAUGGGCCUGAAGGGGGCCCCGUCCAUAAUGGACAUAAGGACCGCUGUGUCCACUUUUGUGAGUAUCAAAAACACCAAAUACAUUAAUUCAAUGUGCUUGUUUUUGUUUUUUAUACUGACGCAAGCCUCGUUGUCUUUCACGCAGAACUUCGAGAGUAGCGACAUGGAGGUAGCGAGGACACACAGGACCGGUUUUAUGCUCUCCAUCGCAACCUGAAAAGGGCCAAGAGCAUCCGGGAGCUCUUUGUGUGCCUCGCUGUGGCAGACCCGGAACAGGCUGCUGCUGCUGCCGGGGCUGCUGCUGCUGCCACCGAGCAGCCCAGGGAGGAAAGCAAAGUAAGUUGAAACCAUGUCAUCGCUAUCACACCGUAAUACACAUUCACUGUGCUAAUUUUGUUUAUGUUCUUCAUUCUGAAGGGAACACCGAGGAAGAUGCUCGCCGCCAUCAAUAUGUUGGCCCAAAAGGUGAAGAGGAAGGUCGGCCUGUCCCCCAGCAAGCCGAAGCGUAGACCCGUGGUCCUCCUCAAAAAACUUUUAAUUUGUGUGUUCAUUUGUGUGUGUUUUCUAUGUAAAAAAACAAGCAAAAAAAAAAGAGUUCAGAAGUUCGGCAGUUUUUGCCAUUUGUGUGUGUUGGUAUUUAAAAAAACAAUAUUUCAUGUGUGUGCGUGUGUUUUCUAAUGUUUAAUAAAUGUGUUGUAUAUCUUUAUCAGAGUGUGUAGUUUUUUAUCUUUCACUCAUCCGGAAGCGACACCCAAAAAACACCCGAAAAGCACAAAGUUCAAGGUGUACCCAAAAAGUACAGAAAGGCGCCCCAAAAUGAAGGAUUCAGAAUGGGAACCCUAGGUGAAAACGGGGACCCUGAUUAGAGUUCAGCGUGCACCCGAAAAGUACAGAAAGGUGUCCCCAUCCCCCACCCCCAGUUCAGGGGGUGGGGGAUGGGCGGUGAGCCUUUUUUUUUUU